CAAAGACACACCGGAGCGCUGCAGGAUUCACGGACGAUCCCUCCGCGUCUAAAUAAGGAUUUUAUCCGCUUGAUAGGACUAAAAGAAGGCUCGUGAGGUUUAUUCCAGGAACGGAACUAACGGGUUUAACGGAUUCACCCCCGCUUACGGACUCGCUCAGUUCUGGCACGAGACGCUGAGAAAGUUUUGGCCAGUUGCGUCUCAGGUUAGCCCGUGUGGAAUUCCGCGCUCCCGUAAUUCGGAGGGAUUUUGUGCACCGGGUUGUCGGUGUCGUCAUGGGUCGGUUCGGGCUCGCGCUGUUGACGCUCCUUACGGCGGUGUUUGGGUUCGCGCACGCGUUCGGAGACGAGGAGGAGAUGACCUGCGACCCGAUCCGCAUCUCCAUGUGUCAAGAUCUGGGAUACAAUGUGACCAAGAUGCCGAACCUGGUGGGAAACGUUCUGCAGUCCGACGCCGAACUACAACUGACCACAUUUACCCCACUGAUACAGUACGGCUGUUCGAACCAGCUGAAGUUCUUCUUGUGCUCCGUGUACGUUCCCAUGUGCACGGAGAAGGUUCCGAUCCCGAUUGGCCCCUGUGGGAGCAUGUGUUUGUCCGUGAAGAGGAAGUGCCUUCCGGUCUUGCAGGAAUUUGGAUUUGUGUGGCCGGAACUUCUUAAUUGCAGCCUGUUCCCACCCACCAAUGACCAGAACCACAUGUGCAUGGAAGGUCCAGGUGACGAAGACCCCCCAUUCCACGCCGUUCGGCCCCUGGCUCCACAAGAGGAGGAGUGUGUGGCUCUAGGUGCGGGUGUGGAGCAGUACGCUUGGGUGAAACGCAGCAGGAGUUGCUCGUUGCAGUGUGGCUAUGACAUGGGACUCUACCGUCAUCAGGCCAAAGUCUUCACGGAUGUUUGGAUGGCGGUGUGGGCCGUUCUCUGCUUCAUCUCCACCACCUUUACCGUGCUCACCUUCCUGGUGGAUUCCUCACGGUUCUCCUACCCAGAGCGGCCCAUCAUCUUCCUGAGCAUGUGCUACAACAUCUACAGCGUUGCAUUCAUUGUGCGCCUGACAGUCGGACGUGAGCGCAUCUCUUGUGACCUGGAGGAGGCGGCCGUGCCAGUUCUGGUUCAGGAGGGGUUGAAGAACACGGGCUGUGCGAUUGUCUUCCUCCUCACGUAUUUCUUUGGCAUGGCGAGCUCCAUCUGGUGGGUGAUCCUGACGUUGACGUGGUUCCUGGCGGCGGGGUUGAAAUGGGGUCAUGAGGCGAUUGAAAUGCACAGUUCGUACUUCCAUAUUGCGGCAUGGGCGAUUCCCGCCGUCAAGACGAUUGUCAUCCUAAUAAUGCGACUAGUGGAUGCCGAUGACCUCACUGGGAUGUGCUACGUGGGCAACCAAAACCUAGACGCACUAACUGGGUUUGUUGUGGCUCCGCUAUUCACGUACCUCGUGAUCGGAACUUUGUUCAUUGCGGCGGGUUUAGUGGCACUGUUUAAAAUUCGUUCCAACCUGCAGAAGGACGGAACCAAGACAGAUAAACUUGAGAGGCUAAUGGUGAAAAUCGGAGUGUUCUCUGUUCUUUAUACGGUUCCGGCUACUUGUGUUAUCGCCUGCUAUUUUUACGAGAUCUCAAACUGGGCAGACUUCCGCCAGUCUGCACGGGAUGCGUACAUGGCGGCGGAGAUGCUACGGAUCUUCAUGUCUCUACUAGUGGGCAUCACUUCAGGUAUGUGGGUGUGGUCUGCCAAAACCCUUCACACAUGGCAGAAAUGUUCUCUUCGACUCGUACACACAGGGCAGAACAAUAGAGUCAAACGGACAACGAACGGUUGGGUCAAAUCAGGCAAAGGCAACGAGACGGUGGUGUGAAAAAGACACAGAGGGAAAGAGAAAGGAGAAACAAUGAGACUGAAAACCUCAGGGAGUGCAAGUUGGAGAAACACAAGACAAGAGCGCCACCAUGUGGACAUUUCCUGUAACUGCACCCACAGAUCUCUCUCUUUCCCUCUCACUGAGAGCCCAUGUAGCACUAUCUUGAUGUCGUCUCCAUACAUGUUACACAAAAUGUUCUUAAGUUGAUUUUACACUGGACAGUCCUGGUGCAGCAGGUAUGCCGUUGUUUUUCCCUGUGUAAAUACAAUAUUUGGUAAUCAUGCACUAUGGCUAAUGUAUAUUCUCACUGAAGUGCCUUAGUGUUAGAAGACGAGUGCUAGCUACUCAACCAGACCUGGUGCUGCUUUCAAACUGUAGUAUGUGUGAAUUAUUCUUCAGCAAAGACACCUGGGACAUUUAUUUCUUUUCUCCUCAGCGAUCAAUGCUCAGAGACACCGCAGCCUAGUCCUUUUCUUCUGUUCCUCAGCAGAUCACUUGAAGCCAUGCUCACACUAAUUUUUUAUUUGAAAAUGCAUUGAUUUAACUACAUUUACGCCUCUCAUCCACUAUAGAACAGUGUUUUCCUUAAUGCACGAAAACUGAGCAUUAGCAAAAUUUGUGUUUCAAACAAAACAAUUUUUUAUUUGAAAAUGCAUUAAAUUUCUCGACAUUUACGCUUCUUAUCCACACUAGAAUGAUGUUUUCCUCCAUUGAAAACUGAGUUUUUCGAGAAUGCUCUCCAUGUUGUUUUCCUAAGUAUGCAGUUAAGGAGAGCGUUAAAUAAAAUGAAUGCAUUUCAAACAAAAAACGUAUUAGUGUGGACGGUGUCGAAAUGUCACUGUCCACUUCUCGAAAGACUCUGUUUUUGUUUGUAAAUGCAUUGAUUUCACUACAUUUACACCUCUCCACACUAGAACAGUGUUUACCUCCAUGCACAAAAACUGAGCAUUCGAAAAUGCUUUACCACAUACUUUGGAAAACAAUACGUUUAGGACAAUGAAAAAGUAUAUUUAAAAACAAAAAGAAAUUAGUGUGGACGUCAUUUUCCAAAGUAUACAGUUAUGGAGAUUGUUAGCUAAAUUAAUGCACUAAAAACAAAAACGUAAUAGUGUAAACGUUGCCAAUUAGACCGCGCCCACAAUAAGUUUUUGUUUAAAAAUGCAUUGAUUCCGCUACGUUUACGCCUCUCAUCCACACUAGAACGGUGCUUUCCUUUAACAAAAAUAAAGCGUUUAAAAACACUCUCCAUUAUAGCAUACUUUGGAGAAAGACAUCAUUAGGAAAUUGAAAAUUUAGUUUUCAAAAGAAAAUGAAUCAGUCUGGAUGCCGUUUUUUCCGAAGUAUGCGGUAAUGGAAAGUGUUAGUGAAAUGACAUAAACGUAUUAGUGAGGACGGUGUCUAAGUUUCACUGUCCACUUCUCGAAAGACUCUGUUUUCGUUUGAAAACGCAUCAAUUUCGCUACGUUUACGCCUCUCAUCCAUGCAAGAACAGCAUUUCUCUUCACGGAGAAUGGAGCGUUUCGAAAACGUUCUCCAAUACAGCAUACUUUGGAAAAAGGCAACGUUAGGAAACUUAAAAUUAAGUUUUCAAAUGAAAAUUAAUCAGUAUGGAUGCCGUUAUGUAGAGCAUUAGUGAAAUGAACGCAUUCGAAACAGAAACGUAUCAGUGUGGGCGGUGUCUAAGGGUACGUUUUCAUGACAACGAUGUACUAAAAACGGAAAAGUUUUUCCUUUUGCGUUUUUGAAAAGUUUUGCGUACAGACGACAACAUUGUCAAAAUGAUCCCCAUUCACACGGAUCCGCGAAAAAGGACUAAAAACGCUGUAUUAUGCAUGCCAGGCCAGUAGUUGGCGAUGUCACUUCGUAAAGAAACACUACACGCCUGCGCACGUAAGCAUUCUUCCACAGAGUGGUGAAUACAAACAAUGAAGAUGGCGAAAGCAUCGAGCAAUUUUGUCUGGACGGACGACGAGUUUGCUUUAUUACUACAAUUACUUUGCUGGAGAAGCGUCAAUAAACUCAAAAUCUUGAGCAGCACAAACACAGUCCUGUAGUCCGCCAUUGUAGUUUUGAAUGUCUCGCACGUUGUUUUGAAGUACUCGCACACAUGCCAAUAGACUUAGCACGUAAUACGCGUGCGCAUGACGUCAUCGUUUUCACAAAUUCGCAUUUUUUAUGUUUACACGGAGACAAUAACGGCAUAGUUUUGAAAAACGUGCACUUUGAAACCCGUUUUCAAAAGUUUGCAUUUUCAGGCCCCAAAACGCAUAAAAAGACUUCCGUUUUUAAUUGAAAAUGUUGUGUAAACAGCCCCUGAGUGUCACUGUCCACUUCUCGAAAGAUUUGUUUCAAUACGUUUACGGCUCUCAUCCACCCAAGAAAGGCGUUUCCCUCCACAAAAAAUGGAGCGUUUUGAAAACGCUCUCCAUUAACGCAGACUUUGAAAAACGACGAUGUUAGGAAACUGAAAAUGGAGUUUUCAAAUGUAAUCGUUUCAUUGUGGAUGCAACUUUAGAAUUCUGUCUGUUCUACAGUUCAAAAACCUUUUAAAUUAUUGUUCCAGAACUCUAUUGGUUCUAGUGUUCCACAGUUUGAGUACACAAGUAAAUCGUAAAACUGCAGUUAAUGACUAUUUUUGAUAUGAAAAUGCUAAGAUAUUAUACACUUCUAAAAAAAAAAAAAUGGAUAUUUGAAGCAAAAUUUGGUGUUCCACAGACUGCAACACAAGUGGAAAUUUUGAAGGAGACACCGUUUUGAAGGUGCCUUGAUUAUCUAUUUCAACUGCCUCAAAACAUUUCCCUUAUGACAGGGUUACUGGAAGAACUCUUGACAAUCUGUAAAGUACUUAGAGAAACUCAAGGGUUCCAAGAAGUACAUACAGCAAUCUGAGGAACCUCUUUUUUAUUUUUACAGUGAUGGAAUCUUUAUUUUGAGCCGUCAGACACACAUUCACACUCAAAUGACUGAAUAUGAGAACAUAGGUGCCUCGCACAGCCACUACAUGACAAUCACUGACCGUGCCCUAGGAUGCAUUGCAGAGCUCCUGUAGGGUAAAUGAAUGUAUUGACCGUUGAUAGACAUUUUGCCAUGUUGAAAGUGCCUCAGACUCAUAUGCAGGUGGUACACACACAGUCCUGGAUUUCAUGAAGGACAUCUGGAUUGAUUUGUACAUAAACUGGUGUUUGUAGUUGUUUGUAAUGUUAUUUUUGUGUUAAGAAAUGCUAAUUUAUCUUUGUAAAAAUGACAAAAGGAACAAAAAUACAUUUAUUUAAGGAUGCUUUUGUAUCAGAUGAGAAAUUAAACUUUGAAAAUUAUGCUUCGAUGUUUGAGUCUUCAAGUCUUCGUUUUACAGAUAUGCACUUCCAGUCAAAAGUUUGGAAACACUUGACCGAAUUUAUUUUUCUCAUGAUCUUAAAAACAUUUUUUGACGCUUAUGCUUAAUGCUGUAGACAAAUAUAACAUGUGCCUAUAAGAUAGUUUAGAUUGUGUUAUUUCAUAGUUGCUCAAAUGUGGAAAAUAGUCGUCAGAAGG